AUGUCCAGGGGCUCGAGCGCAGGCUUUGACCGGCACAUCACCAUCUUCUCCCCCGAAGGGAGACUCUAUCAAGUCGAAUAUGCUUUCAAGGCCAUAAACCAGGGAGGGCUCACGUCAGUGGCUGUUCGAGGGAAGGACUGUGCGGUUGUUGUAACACAGAAAAAAGUACCGGACAAGCUUUUGGACGCUGCCACAGUCACUCAUCUUUUCAGAAUAACAGAUAAUAUUGGAUGCGUAAUGUCUGGAAUGACAGCCGACAGCCGAUCUCAAGUGCAGAGAGCUCGUUAUGAAGCGGCUAAUUGGCAGUACAAGUACGGUUAUGAAAUCCCCGUGGACAUGUUGUGCAAGAGAAUGGCUGACAUCUCCCAAGUUUACACGCAGAACGCCGAGAUGAGGCCACUGGGCUGUUGUAUGAUCGUCAUUGGAGUAGACGCAGAGUUCGGCCCGCAGGUCUACAAGUGUGACCCGGCUGGAUACUACUGCGGCUUCAAGGCCACCGCUGCUGGGGUGAAGCAGACAGAAGCCACGAGUUUCCUUGAAAAGAAAGUCAAAAAGAAACUGGACUGGACGUUUGAGCAAACUGUGGAGACGGCCAUUUCCUGCCUCUCGACCGUUCUUUCUAUUGACUUCAAGCCCUCUGAGCUGGAGGUGGGCGUUGUUACUACACAGGAUCCCAAAUUCAGGAUCCUGUCAGAGACUGAUGUGGACGUCCACCUCAUGGCUCUGGCAGAGCGGGACUGA